UUAAGUCCGCCCCCGCUGGUUCGCGGCGCGGCUGACGUCACUACCCAUGACGUCACCCGGCCGCGCGCUGCGCGCUGAGAAGGAGAGGAGACGCAGGAAGGCAACUGAUUCUCCUGGGACAUUUCUGGUUGCUGAGAAGUCUAAUCUGCCAUCAUAAUUCGGCUGCCCUCUCACCAUGCCUUCUCCAUGUCGACUGCGGCCUUCCUGGAUAGACUGCUCGAUGCUCAUUCUUGCCCUCUACCCUAUGCAAUCAUGGUCUCACACGUCAGAGGUCUCCGCUGAAAUGUUACUGCAAAAAAUUCUGAAAAAUACGGAGCGAUACGGGUCACUCACAGUGGAGCAGCUAAAGAACACUUUUCAAAUGAGUCUCAACCUGAGCACAGAAAACUCAGAUCGCAAGGACCCACCCUGAAAGCAACUCUGUUAAAGAAAAUUCUUCCAGGUGUUUGUCCCAUGCGGAGAUGCUCACAUUAAGCAGUCUGAGCAAUCAGAGUGGAUUUUCCCAGCAGCGGCUUGAGGAGCUAUGCCCAGCCCUCUCAGACAGUGAGGUGUGUCGUGCUGAGCCCUCUGCGGACUCGGCCUACCGGGCUACUGAUAAGCCCUCUCCUGCCGAAGUGUGGGGCUAUGGGUUCCUGUGUGUCACCAUCAUCUCCCUGUGCUCCCUGGUGGGAGCCAGCGUGGUGCCCUUCAUGAGGAAAAAAAUUCUACGCCGGCUGCUCAUGUACUUCAUAGCUUUGGCUAUCGGGACACUGUAUUCCAACGCUCUCUUUCAAUUGAUACCCGAGGCUUUUGGGCUGGACCCAGUCAAGGAUGGCUAUGUCUACAAGUCGGCGGUUGUGUUUGCUGGCUUCUAUCUCUUCUUCUUCGCCGAGAAGAUUCUCAAGAUGGUGCUGAAGCAGAAAGACGAGAGGCCGCCUAACCGAGCCGAGUGCUACAGCAGCCAGCCAGACCUCGAGGACGGUGCAACCGAGACUCUGAAGGCGAUCGAGGAUGGGACGGAGCACCAGUCCAACGGGAACCCCCCCCACCUUGCGGGGGGAGGCCAUGGGCAUCACACGCACGUCACCCACGAGCACGCCAACGAGGUCAUGCUGAGCCGCUCCCUUUCCGUGCAGGAGGCGCAGGUGUCGGAGGGCAUGUGCUACUGGCUCAAAGGGACACGCUACUCGCGCAUCGGCACGCUGGCGUGGAUGAUCACCCUGAGCGAUGGGCUGCACAACUUCAUCGACGGUUUGGCGAUCGGAGCCUCGUUCACGGUGUCCGUGUUCCAAGGCAUUAGCACGUCCAUCGCCAUCCUAUGCGAGGAAUUCCCGCACGAACUGGGUGACUUUGUGAUUCUGCUGAACGCCGGAAUGAGCAUACAGCAAGCACUAUUCUUCAACUUCCUGUCGGCGUGCAGCUGCUACUUGGGGCUUGUGUGCGGCAUCGUGGCCGGAAGUCACUUUGCCCACAAUUGGAUAUUUGCACUGGCAGGAGGCAUGUUUCUCUACAUCUCCCUGGCUGACAUGUUCCCAGAAAUGAACGAGGUGAGCAAAGAGGACGGGGAGGAGAAGAAUAACCUCGUCACCUUCGGAAUUCAGAACCUUGGCCUUCUCACGGGCUUCUCAAUCAUGCUGCUCCUCACAACCUACUCGGGGAACAUCGGGCUCGGCUAGAGUUGCACGCACCCCAGCGCUCACUCUGCAACGGUUUCCUCCCCUGUGUCGCCAGUGCUGUAGUUGCCUGUCCUCUGUGGGUUGUUCUUAGGGAUCUACUUUUACCGGAUACAUUAAACAAACCUGGCCCACUUUUGGUGUGCACUCCCACUCUCCUUCCAUUUUUCGAGCGCGAUCAAAAUGUCUGUCUUUCAUCAAUACUGUGUGUGUGUGCAGUACGGUUUGUGAUGGUUGUUGAGACUUUGUGUGGAAGGUUCUUUAGAUAAUAAACUAUGACAGUAUU